GCUUUCCCCAGCAUGUUUGUUGAUCAUCAAUGAGCGUUGAGCAGUACUGUUGUUUAGCUUGACAAGUUUGACUGGAGGACCAUGGAGACACAGGAGAGCAGCUAGUUGACAGAUCAAUAAAAAAAGUUGGAGUACACUUUUCUCUAGUUUGACGUCUAUUUCGAACCUGGCAAUUUAGCUCAUGAAGCAGUUCGGGUGUUACCCUAAGUGGAUACUGCAUGUAGAGUUCAUUUCUAAUGGCUGUUAAGCGAACGUUAGAAUCUUGACUACUGUACGCUGAAUACACGAGAAACCUAACGAUAGUUGAAAUGAAUAACUUGUCUUUUGACGAUCCGUCACUGGAUAACCUGGAUCCUACCCUGUCUUUAAAUGAUCCAAGCGAUAUUGACACGGCGCUGCUGAACGACAUUGAUGACAUGUUGCAGCUCAUCAACAACCAGGACAUGGAGUUUGGGAGCCUCUUCGACCCCCCUCAGUUCACAGCCCCUCCGGAACUCCCCGUCCUGUCCCACUCCACCUCCACUCCCUCCCCUCCAUCCUCCACCCCUUCCUCCUCGCCCUCGUCCAUCCAGAGCAGCAGCCCCCACCUGGACGCCCUGCUAGGGCCUCCCAUCACCCGCAGCUCCUCCUCCCCAGACAAGGCUUUCCACCCACCCACCUUCCAGAAGUCCCCCCUGGCCCAGGUAGCCAGCCCCCGGCAGCAGCAGCAGACCUCCCCCUCCCAGGCUCCAGCCAGCAAGGGACCCAGGCAGUCCAAAGCAGACCAGCCGGUGCUCUCUCCACCAACACCGACUCGUCCUCAAGCUGCAGCCUCCCCCCUCGCCUCGGGAGGCCAGAACCCUUCGUUCAGCUCGCUGCCUCAGGGCAUGUUCACCUCCCCUGCCCCCCAGCAGCAACAACCCCAACCCCUGGCACAGCCUCAACUCCAGACCCAGGCUCAGCCCCAGCAGCAGGCCCGGAUUAACUACACCAACCAGAAUGGCUACACAGCUGUAAAUCAAGGAGGUUCCCCCCCACCAAUGACCAGUCUGUCGUCCUCGCCACACAGCGGUCAGCAAAUCACCAUCCAAGCUCAGGUGCAGGGUCUAACCUCCACCCCCCCCCUUCUGGCCACAUCAACCAGCACCCCAGUCCAGAGCAUCGCGCCCCACGUACAACAAGUUCCUGUGCUGCUGCAGCCCCAGUUCAUCAAGGCAGAGUCUCUGUUGCUCACCACCCUGAAGCAUGAACCCUGCAUUGUGACCACCAUGGCCUCCCCCUGCAUCACCUCUCUGGCCACCACCACCUCUUCUGUUCAGAGCACCUCCCUGCAGGCUCUGAUGGGCGGUGGCACCAUCCUCACCACAAUGCCCAUUAUGGUGGACGGCGAGAAGCUGCCCAUCAACCGCAUCGCCAUCAGCAGCAAGCAGCUGGGCCCGCCCUUCAAGGGGGAGAAACGGACGGCCCACAACGCCAUCGAGAAGCGCUACCGCUCCUCCAUCAACGACAAGAUAAUCGAGCUCAAAGACCUCGUUGCUGGGACCGAGGCCAAGCUGAAUAAGUCGGCAGUCUUGAGGAAAGCCAUCGACUACAUUCGCUAUAUUCAGCAGACCAACCAGAAGCUCAAACAGGAGAACAUGGCUCUCAAAAUGGCCUCCCAAAAGAACAAGUCCCUCAAGGACCUGGUUGCCAUGGAGGUGGACGGGCCACAGACAGACGUGAAGAGUGAGCUGCCCACCCCCCCGGCCUCAGACGUGGGCUCUCCCUCCUCCUUCUCCCACAGUGGCAGCGACUCUGAGCCAGACAGCCCUAUGGGGGAGGAAACCAAGCCAGUGGAAAGUGUGGCUGACCGGUGCGCAGGUGGCAUGCUCGACCGCUCCCGCAUGGCUCUGUGUGCCUUCACCUUCCUCUUCCUGUCCUUCAACCCGCUGGCCGCCAUGCUCUGCGGAGCCGUGGAGAGCAGCAGCAGCGCUGCCGCCACCAGCGGCCCAGCGCACCCGGGGACCGGCAGGACCAUGCUGGAGGUGGAGAGUGCAGCGGACUCUUGGGGCUGGAUGGACUGGAUGCUGCCGACUCUGCUGGUGUGGCUGCUUAACAGCGUGCUGGUGUCUGGGGUUCUGAUCCGCCUGCUGGUGUACGGAGAGCCCGUCACCAGACCCCACUCUGGCUCCUCGGUGCUGUUCUGGAGGCACCGCAAGCAGGCCGACCUGGACCUGGCCCGGGGGGACUUUGCCCAGGCGGGUCAGAACCUUUGGACGUGUCUGAAGGCGCUGGGCCGGCCCCUGCCCACCUCCCAGCUGGACCUGUCGUGCGCCGCCCUCUGGGCCCUCCUCCGCCUCUGCCUGCAGCGCCUGUGGGUGGGCCGCUGGCUGGCCGGCCGCGCCGGGGGGCUCCGUGCCGACCGCCCCCUGCAGGAGGAUGCGUGCAAGAGCAGCCGCGACGCAGCGCUGGUCUACCACCGCCUACACCAGCUCCACAUGACCGGUAAACUUGGCGGCAGCCACCUGUCUGCGGUCCACAUGGCGCUGAGUGCGGUGAACCUGGCUGAGUGCUCGGGCCCCUGCCUGGCUGUGUCCACCCUGGCCGAGGUGUACGUCUCAGCCGCCCUCAGGGUCAAGGCCAGCCUGCCCCGCCUCCUGCACUUCACCUCGCGUGUGUUCCUGAGCAGCGCGCGGCAGGCCUGCCUGUCCUCCAGCGGCAGUGUGCCCCCGGCCAUGCAGUGGCUGCUCCACCCCCUGGGCCACCGCUUCUUUGUGGACGGGGACUGGGCCGUGCGCAGCACCCCCAAGGAGAGCAUCUACAGCCAGGCCGGGAACACCGUGGACCCCUUGGCCCAGGUGACCCAGGCCUUCAGAGAGCACCUGCUGGAGAAGGCUCUGUACUGUGUGGCCCAGCCCAGAGGGGAGAAGACACCCAGCGAUGGGGAGGGUGAGUAUGCUGAUGCCCUGGAGUACCUCCAGCUGCUGACCAGCGCGUCCGACGCUGCGGGCGCCACCACCCAGUCCUUCGCCAUCGGAUCCAACAUGGCCACCGUCACCGGCUGCGAUCCCCAUUCCAAGUGGUGGUCUUCGGUUGCCGUGGUGAUCAUCAACUGGCUCCAGGGAGACGACGCGGCCGCAGAGCGGCUGUACCCCGCCGUGGAACACCUGCCUCGCAGCCUGCAGGCCGCCGAGAGCCCCCUGCCCAAGGCGUGUCUGAACACGUUCCGGGCAGUGCGCUCCCUGCUGGCGCGGCCGCUGAACGGUCCGCUGAGCCUGAGUCACGGUGAGAGGGCCAGCGCGCUGCUGAGGGACAGCCUCAACCUUGGGCCGCACUGCCACAGCAGCAGCAUCGACAAGGUGGUGCAGCUGCUGCUGUGUGACCUGCUGCUGGUGACGAGGACUAACGUGUGGCGUCUGCAGCAGGCCCCGGGCCCGGCCCAGGCCCCGGGACAGGGACAGGCCCAGGGACAGGGCUCCUCUCCUGGGUCGCUGCUGCAGGCCUCCCCCCCCGAGCUCCACGGCUUCCAGCAGGACCUCAGCUCCCUCCGCAAGCUGGCCCAGAGCUUCAGGCCUGCCAUGCGCAGGUUGUUCCUACAUGAGGCCACUGCCAGGCUGAUGGCAGGAGCCAGUCCUACUCGUACUCACCAGCUGCUGGACCGCUCCCUCCGACGCAGAGCAACCCCCGGAGCAAAGACAGAGGAGUGUGAGAUGAGGCCAGGCCAGCGCGAGCAGGCGGAGGCGGUGAUGUUGGCGUGCCGCUACCUGCCCCCCUCCUUCCUGUCGGCGCCAGGGCAGCGCGUGGGCAUGCUGGCGGACGCGGCGCGCACGCUGGAGAAGCUGGGAGACAAGCGCACCCUCCACGACUGUCAGCAGAUGAUCAUCAAGCUGGGCAGCGGCACCACCGUCACCUCCACCUAGAGCAGACACACACACUCUCUCACACAGACAGACUCACACACACGCAAUUACUCACUCGCUCACACACACACUCUCAGACGGACGUACGGUUAUUCACACACACACACGCACACACAUUUUUUCACCGACACACACACACACACGCUUAUUUCCUGACACACACGCAUUCUCGGACAUGUUUACUGACACACACACACACACGUAUAUUUACUGACACACACACACACACUCACUCUCACACAUUUUUUACUGACGCACACAUAAAAGUGGUGGUUUCUGGCAUUGUGGCAAAUGGACCAGACUGGCAGACUGUACAGAACCAAGUCAUAUCAAACAGAUUACACAGACACACUGUCGUGACACACUGUCAUCCCCUCUCCCCCCCCCCUUCCCUCAACAUCAGCAGACUCUAUCUUUAGCCUAAGUAAAGGGUUGGCGCUUGCAUCAUCACUAUGAUUUAAAAAGUUUCACUAUUCAGUAUACUCAAAAUGUAGGUUGACAAUUUUCUUCCUCGCUUUUUUGUUUUACUUUGAACCCCGUUAUUUGAAAUGCACUGUAGGGACUGAGUGUGUCCACAGGGUGGUGCUAUUCUGCAACCGCCCUGCUGGAAAUGUGCAAUGGCCAGAGAGCUUGUGAGUGUUGGAAGAACCUGCAUUGAUAGAUUAGUCCUGAUCGCCUUUGGUCAGGAUGCACCUUAAUAAGAUUUUCGAUUGGUGGGUUUUGAUGGAGACGUUUGUCUGAUUGGCUUGGAUAUAUCUGUGUGUUGGAGGAUCCCAGUUGGACAGACUGGGGGGCUUCUUGGUGGGGCGUGUGGCCUUUCUGACUUCUCACAUAGAACCGUAUUACAGAGCGGUUCCAGAUGUCUACCAUGUAGAAUAGCGGAUUGGAUCACUCUGUAAUUUACAGAUCUAUGUACCAUGGUCUCAAAGGUUUGAAGCCACCAGAAUAUAUGUCUUUUAUUCUGCACUAGCCCAUUAAGGCUGAAGAUGACUUCAAUGAUUAUGGCUUUAUGCAUUUAUUUUCAUUCAGUUCAAUUUUCAUUUUGCUGUGUAUAUAUUUUAACGUGUAUUUAUAGUAUGUGCAAUGGAUUUGAGUGAUCAGUAUUUUAUCCAUUGGCAGAGUGAUUUUAAGGCCCUCCCCCUCGUGUAGCAUUGGACAAGGCUACAAAGGCCCCAAUUUCAAAGAUUAUGUUGACAGUUGCCAUGGGGAUGAGCUUUAAGUGUCAAAAUGCGAGUGGGUGGGGGGCGGGCAGUGUCAAAAUAUCAAGGUGGAGUUGGUAGUCUGACUGCAUUGACCAUUUGCACUAUUGCGCAAGGUGUGUGUGGUACAAUCGUAUCCAAAAGACAAGUUGGCGGUUAGCGUGUCCCUGGGCGACAGGCUCCAGUUUUAGGUAUCCAGGAACCUAGACACAGUGUUCACCCUUUAUACCAGUAACAUAACUCAGAAUAUCAUGCAGGGUCUAAAUCAAUUAUGAUCAUCAACAACAAAUCCCCCCCCCCCCAAAGAGAGGGGUGAUUGUCCCUUUUUCUGUUACCCUCUGUUGAAAAAGAUGUUCUUUUGACCACAGUUGUUUUGAGAACACGGAACGGUACAAAACUCAUUGUUUUAGCAUGUGUUUUUUUUUGACUUCAUAACAGGAGUGUGUGACAUGUCGUCUGUGAAAGUCUUAGGAAGCACUAGGAUGAUUACCUGUGUGUGUCUCUAGUGUGUGUGUAAUUAUAGAGGCAAAACAGAACCAACAAUAUAUUCAAAUGUCAAAUUGUUGUUUUUGUUUCAUAACUAACAACUCUAUCUGUCUCUUCUCUCAUUGGUUUAUUCCUGGAAAUGUAAAUAAAGGAGCAUUUUGUAACAAAGA